CCCACUAGUACACAUCUUGUCGCGCUGACGGAGAGCAAAACGGGAAGUUUCGCCCGAAAUCCGGACCCGGUGCUGCUCGUCGUCACUCGUCGUACAGUGUGGUUUUGGUGAUCGCGGGAGGCCGAGACUUGUACGUGCCCCGCAGGUCGGUGGGAACAAACGCGAAAAACACGCAGCACACCAGCAAGAAAACAUUAUCAUCCGCGCCUGUCACGGUUCCGCUCGUUUCGGGCUCUAUCCACGCGGGCGCGCGCGCACGUUGGUGUUAAACUGAGCCAUUUCUCAAACCUGUGUGUGGUGAAAACAAAACAACCGAAACACUGUUAUACUUAACAACGGUGCUACCCAGCGCGAUCGAUUGGAGAGAAUAAUUGUCCCCGCGCGCUGACUAACCUCGGACCAAGGUCAGCAUCCGUCCCCAGCGGAGUGCUUAUCCGAUCCUCCAAACCGGUGCUAGCCCACACCGCCACUGCCAAUCAACUUCACUCCACUCCGGCUUCACCGUCUAGCUAAAGAAACCGCAACAACAUGGCUCGCUUGGAACGAUACGUUGUUGUCGUUGGCCUGAUCGUGCUCCUAGUAAUAGUCGGAUCGCUAUCUGCUUUCCCGCAGACUUACAAACCACUAAUCCGGAGUCGCACCGAGCAGCGGGAAGAUGAAGUCAAUAGCGGGUACGACUUGGACAGGGACCAGAAGCUACCCGAGGUGCUGUCAGCCUUGGAGGAAACGACGCAAGGCCUGCCGCUAGGGCCACGUAUUGACGAGGGUGACAAGUCGAGUAAGAAUAACUACAACAUACCGGGGGUAUAUCGUGACGAAAAUGGUAAGCUUCACGCUGUGUUCCAUUCCACCCCCCCGACGCCAGUUACCACCCCGCCCAACGACCUCGUUGUCUCGCAUGCUCCAACCACCGCUGACAUCCUCGUACUCCGAGCAUCGACAGUGAACGAAACGAAGACCGAUGUCCGGGACAUGAUCGGGGACCAUUUCGCAAUCGACUCCUACCCGGAGGACUACCCGUUCGAAACGAUACGACACAUCCUGGCGGCGAAGCCCGACGUUUACGGAGAGUUUUUCGAGAAGGAACCGCACACCGAGGAGCUGGUGACGCGCAUCGACAGCCCGGCGGACCCGUACCUGUGCAGCUCGACACAGAAGCCCGAAUAUCCCGUAUACGAUCCGACGACCCAGGCCUACAUAGUCAAUGUAAAGGAAUACUACCAGUCCGUGACCUACGAGAAAUGCGACAAUCCGAAAGCCGCCUGCAGCAAUGUGAAUGCAGCGAAGGGUGGUAAGCUGUACUGCGAGCAGGUGUACGGUGAGUACGAAGUGUUCACCGUCCCGAAGGAUGGUCCCAAACGGUUUGUCAAGACGAAGCUGAAGUUCCCGUCCUGCUGCAAAUGCCGGCACGAGGUGGCAGAGGCCGCUUCCCCAUUCCAGCAUUUGCCAUAGAUAGCACACGAGGGUGUGUGCCCCGGAAGCCCCGUCGAGGAACGUAGCCGAGUGCGUCGGUGUAGCAGUUAAGUCUCAUGUACGUUAAAAUGUACGAAUUCCGUUGGUCCGAUUUUGCCGAUCGUCGAGGAAAAGGCAGAGGAACCGAUAAACUAGCUAAGAAAAUCGAAAAACUCCCCCAUCUCCGGCUCCCUCUCUCUCUCUCUGGAAACCGUCGCCGGGAGCUGGAGGCGCGAGGUGGCGAAUGGAGAGAAAAGUAUGCUAAGCGUUAAGAUGUUAAGCAAAAUUACAACGACGUUUUAAGGAUAAAACCAAUGGAAAUAAUCAUAACUAGCAUUUAAACGGCACACGUUUUUUUUUUGUUUUCUAACACUAGCAUAGGACAUUCAGCUCGUCUAUGCUCUAGGGUCGACGCCCAGGACGCAGUGGCAGUGCGUGCGGAACACGUUCUCAUUCGUUCGUCUAGGUUGUUUAGCGCAAACCAAAAAUAAAGUGAACCCAUUCUUGUCC